UUCCCCGGCUCUUUUCUACCUGUGUUGUCGCGAGGUUUAUCACCCAGCAGCACGCGCUGUGUGCGGGUGUUUGUGUCAUAGAGCUCCGGGUGGGAGAACCAUGGCUGAGUCCCAGCUCAUGUGCAUGGAGGAUGGUCGCAUCGGAGCCAAAGUCCCGGAGUCCAAACCGGAGUUUUACUACAGUGAAGAGCAGCGCGCGGCGGUCGAGGAGCUGCUGAAGAAUGGCGACGGCGCCUUCAAGACUCGACUCAAAGAGGCGAAAAUGACGGACUUUCUGUCGGCGCGGGAAAUCAAGCUGUUGUCGAACACUUUCAAACAGUACGACUCUGGUAAUGAGAGCGACAGCAGCGCCGCCAGGUCGGAGCAGGGAGCCUCCGGACCCGACGCGGACUCGGGAGUCCACUCCACCUACUGGCCCCAGAUGUCGGACACCGAGGUGCCGUCCCUGGAUAUCGGCUGGCCCAACACGGGCUUGUUCAAAGGGGUGACCAGGGUGGCCGUGCACACCCACCCGCCUAAAGACAACGGACCCCACAUCAAGGAGGUGGUACGGAGGCUGAUCCAGGAGGCCAGCAAGGUGAUAGCCAUAGUGAUGGACAUGAUCACAGAUGUCCACAUCCUGCAAGACUUGAUGGAUGCAGCUUCACGUCGUUCUGUGUCUGUUUACAUCUUGUUGGAUAAUCAGGGUGUGCCACACUUUCUGGACAUGUGUUCCAGACUUCAGAUUGGCUCACAGCACCUUCGGAACAUCAGAGUUAGAACGCUUCAAGGAGUUGGCUUCAAUUUGUCCUUCGGCAGACUCCCCGGUUCACUGUCGAAUAAAUACAUGCUGGUGGAUGGAGACAAAGUUGUGUUUGGCUCCUACAGUUUCACCUGGGCUACAUCUCGUAUGGACCGAAACAUGAUCACUGUGAUGACGGGACAAGUGGUUGACUUCUUUGACAGGGACUUCCGUGAGCUCUAUGCCAUCUCUGAGAAACUAAACCUCUAUAAGGAGUUUAACAUUAGUCCGCCCACAGCUAACGUGUCAGCCACAGUUCGAUCUAAAUCGGUGCCAAAACGUCCGGCUUUACCAGCAACCACAUCCCGUUUCCAGGUUAGUUUAGGGGAUUCGCGGAAUGCAGAAAUCCAGGUGCCUGCACACAAAUUCUACAACCCUAAAUAUGCCCUGGCUUUUCCACGCACUUCAGGGUCUCUCCAAAAUUUUGGAGCUAAGAGGGAUGUGAUUCUACCUGGGGUUUCUGAAGAGGAAGACCAAGGGAUGCCUCGAUUGGCCAGCAGUGAGAAGAUGAUGAGUCCACUGCCCACUGAAGCCCCAAGUGAAAUCUUAAAGAAACCAAAUGGAGUCUCUGCAAAGAAAAAGGGGAUUUUUACAUGGAAGAAAAGGUCAAAAGGGAAAUCAAGUAUGCCUUCUAUUAAAAACAAAGCAUGCCCUUCACCUCCAGAAACUCAUGAUACAGAUGAGACUGAAGAUAGUUUUGUUAUAGUAAGUCCAUGCAAAGGGAGUAAAAGACUAUCUAAACUGGAUCUAAGAACGGGGUCUCAACAAACUGUCAACUCUGCACACGACAGCGAGAAGAAAAGUGACAAUGCAACUGAUAUUAUUGACUGAUAUUCACGUUAUGAACAAAACUACAAGUUCAAGUAUAUGGAUAGAAGUAAGGCUGUAAAUGAGUCCCCGAAGCCCAAUGGGACUAAUCUGUAUAAAUAA